AAAUGAUUGAACACUUUAAAGUCUUCCACUUUAAGGCAUUAAAAAUGACAGAUAUAAAAGUUAACGGAAUGUGGUGAAUGAAUCUCAUACAACCCACUCAUUCAUAUGCAUGAAAGCUCAAACUGAAGGGGCAGCUCGUUUAAUCAGAAACAGCCUCCACACACUGGCGCUGGAGCCAAACUCCAUAAAAUUUGAUGAAUUCCUUAUAUUACAGAGCAAAUAAAACCUGUCGGGAUCGAUCUUUAAUGGGGUCCUAAUUGUACUGGAUUGGGACUGCAGGGUCUGCCUCAUGAGCAGAGGGCGAAAGCUGAUCCCAGAGCAGAUGAGAGAGAUCCCCCGUGCGGACUUCAGGGGCACGUUUGCAAAUCCUGAAGCUCCUCGGAGCAGUUCAGGACGGUGGCUCCUCAGAGGGAGAGGAGCUGUGCCCUGUCUCUGGAGAUGAAGUGCCCUACGUGUAUAUGCUUUGGUUUGAGUCUCCUGACCGUAGCUGUGAUCCCCGUGGCUGUGGGUGAAAUGUACACGUCGCUGUUAAACGUAAGGCAGGCGAUCAGCGUCGAGCGGAAGCUGAUCGAUUACUUGAAAACUUACAUUGACCACGAGUUGGAGAGACUGGAGGACAUCAAACGCUUUUAUGCCAAAGUGUCAAACCUGCACACUGAGCUCUACAAUGGCCCAACGAGUGCGACAGCAAACCCAUUGGUGGCAUUCACCCUGAUCAAGCGGCUGCAUUCAGAGUGGCUGAAUGUCAUCUACAGCAAUGAAGCUCUGGAGAAUACGCAAGCCCUCAGGUCGAGUUACGAAGAGGAGGAGGCGGAUCUGCCCAAACUGGAAGACCUCCAGGGUGCUGCGAAGGGGCUGAUGAGACUGCAGGAUGUGUAUGCUCUCCAAGUUGCGAGCCUCGUAAAGGGUCGUUUCCAGAGAGUCACUAACGGCAAGCCCAUUGACAUCUACCUGCCCACAGUGUCUGUUCCACUGUCUGGUGAUGACUGUUUUCUGGUUGGCAAGGUGGCCUACGAGCAGGAAGACUACUACCACUCGGUGCAGUGGUUGGAAGAGUCGGUGCGUCUCUUCAGGGGAACAGGAGGCGAGUGGAGCCCCGAGAAUGAAGGGUCUCUCGAGGAUGCACUGGAUCACCUGGCCUUCUCUCACUUUAAAACAGGAAACAUCUCUUCUGCUCUCAGUCUGUCUCAGGAGUUACUUCAUUAUGAUCCAACGAAUGGAAGAGUUUUGCAGAAUGUUGAGAAAUAUGAGAAGCUGCUGAUUUCAAGUCCACCCAAAUCAGUGAGGGGCCGUGGGCUGAGGAGACCCGGGUCCAGUUAUCUAAGGACAAGGGACACUUAUGAGAGACUCUGCCAGACCCAAGGCUCUCAGCAGCCGGUGCAUUUUGAAAACCCCAGACUUUUCUGCGACUACUUCACCAACGGCCAUCCUGGGCUGCUGCUGCUGCCGGUAAGACGUGAAGUGUUGAGUCUGGAGCCGUAUGUGGUCCUGUACCACAACUUCAUCACUGACACAGAGGCUGAAGAAAUCAAGGGCCUCGCCCAGUUAGGAUUGAGACGAUCUGUGGUGGCAACCGGAGAGAAGCAAGCAACGGCCGAGUAUCGCAUCAGCAAGAGUGCAUGGCUGAGUGACUCAGCACAGUCCACCGUUGGGAAGCUGGACCAGAAGAUCUCCUUGCUGACAGGUCUGAAUGUAAAGCAUCCAUUUGGCGAGUACCUCCAAGUGGUGAAUUAUGGGAUUGGUGGGCAUUAUGAGCCUCACUUUGACCACGCUACAUCACCUUCGAGUCCUGUGUUCAAGUUGAAGACUGGGAAUAGAGUGGCAACCUUCAUGAUAUAUCUCAGCUCUGUCGAGGCAGGUGGGUCCACAGCCUUCAUCUACGCCAACUUCAGCGUUCCUGUCAUCGAGAAAGCUGCCAUCUUCUGGUGGAAUCUCCAUAGAAAUGGUCAAGGAAAUGCAGACACCCUGCAUGCUGGCUGCCCUGUGCUUGUUGGGGACAAAUGGGUGGCAAACAAAUGGAUCCAUGAGUAUGGCCAAGAGUUCCAACAUCGCUGCAGUCUGAAUCCUGAAGAGUGAGAGGGGUGGAGCCAUAGCUGGGCCCCUUGGAGUACAAUAGCCUGUCUCUACAAUUGAGAGGCACACCAGUAGAAGGAGGGGGCCAGUAAAGUGAGCACACGAGCAGCGGAUGGGGAAAGCCUGCAUCUGUGAUUGGAGCCCCGGGCCCCAGGGAGCCCUAAGCGCACAGCACACUGCUGCAGUGGAUAUGGAUAGCACAAGGCUGAGAGACGGGGUAGAAGAGGAGUGGGGCAGUUGGCAGUCGGCCCCCAGAGGCCAAAUGCUCUCCUGCUCCUACUGGUCAGUUCCUGCAGAUGGAGAGAGGUCUCUGCCGUCACACACUCUGCUGUUUUGAGUUAAGUGUGUGUGGCCGUUUGCCUCCUGGCAGCUUUAAAACUGACAUCUUCACCCUCUUUGCCUACACUGGACCCAUUCUAGGGUCUUUCAUUGCAAAUCAACACAGCUGAACUUUGUGCAGGACUCUCAGAACUUUAUCUCUAAUCUGCUGAUACAAAGGUUUACAGAGGUACCUAGUGUGCCCGGCUGAAUCCCAGGGAAAAGUACAUAAAAUUAUUCACAAGGUGACUAAUAUAAACCAAAAAAUAAAUGCUGGUUUUGAAUUUGAAUGUUUAAAUCAGUUU